AUCACUCUCCAUCUACCACGUGACUAUACCAAAAGCUGCUCAAGCGCGAUGUUCGAGGCAAUCACUUCCGUCAUACUAUUUUUUGAUAAAGGCUACGGUUCUACUUGAUAAAUUUUAUCACGACCGCACCUCACACAACUGUAUUGUAGUAUCUUGCAUUUUGGACCACCAAGACUCCAGGCAGCUCGAGGAACCUAAGGCCGCCAAUUAAAAUUCGGUGUGAGUAGCAAGUCCUCUGAACGCGUCUGAGUCUUUGGACAGUGGACACGCCGCGUCGAGUCUUGACACUCUUGAACUUGAAAUCGCUAUCCUCUUUUUUCUUGUCACGCACGCGCAGGAAUGGCUGAUGGUCGACAACUUACAAUAAUCAAGGUCUUUCGAAAGUACAGCCAUUCGCUAGGUCCAGAUGCUUUACAACUUCUGGAAGAAAUCCUUGAAAGGCAUGAUAUAGCGGACAAUGAGGUGGAGUUCUCAAUCGAGACCAUUGCAAGGGAGUAUAAUAAACAAGAUGAUGCUGCAAUGAAAGUUUCAUUAGACAUCUUGCGAAGAGUCUACGACGCGUUGCAGGACCAAGGCAAUCCGGGGGAAGCAGAAGAGCUACUAGACCCUGAUAGCCAUCUCUACUUCGUGGACGCAUUUGAAAUGCCGUCAUGGCAUUGGUCUCAGGAAAGAGGGACAUUCGAGAAAUCUUCUAACGCUCUCACUGUCGCGGGUAGCGCAGACUCGCGAAUAGCGGCAGUACGCAACCGACUGCAUAUAAUCAAGCAGAGCAUCUUACGAAACGAACAUUUCUCACCGUCUAGUCUUCCAUCCCGAGACCGAGAAUAUCUUGUCACGCUCAAAUCCACAAAGCAGCUGCUUGGUAGAGCCGGCGAACGCUUUUUGCUCUUGGGAAUGCUUACGCACAACAAAGAAGGGAAGUUGUGCGUCGAGGACUCGGACGGAAGCGUCGAGCUUGAUCUGUCCAAAAUGGAUGAACCAGGUGAAGGAUUGUAUACGGAGGGCUGCUUUGCCCUUGUAGAAGGGGAAUACAAUGAUGAUGGCAUCCUCGAGGUUGUGGCUAUGGGACAACCUCCUUGCGAGGAUCGGGAGACUGCUAGGUCAAUCUAUGGUCACAUCGACUUUUUGGGGCAAGGUUCAACUUCCCUACUCGAAGAUUCACAGUUCGCCCAUCGGAUUCGUGAAGAACUCUCCGACCUCUAUUUCUUCUUCCUUUCAGAUGUUUGGCUAGAUCACCCUCAAACCCUUGUUGGACUUCAAAAGAUAUUCGACAAUUGCAUCGAAAACAGCUUUAUACCUAAGGUCAUCGUUAUGUGUGGUAAUUUCACAAGCAAAUCAAUAAUGCAGGGGGGCGGUAGAGACAUCCAACGUUAUCAAGAAAACUUCGAUUCCCUGGCCGAUUUAAUAGCAUCAUACCCUCAAAUUACUCGGGAAACGCACUUUGUCUUUGUUCCAGGGCCUCUAGAUAUCACAGGCAACAGUACCCUUCCCCGCAGACCAAUUUUAUCUACCUUUACGUCCCAUCUCCGCAGCAAGAUCCCAAAAGUUCACUUCACCAGCAAUCCUUGCCGCUUGAAAUUUUUUGGUCAGGAGGUUGUUAUAUUUAGGGAGGAUACCAUGGCACGAAUGCUGAGGAACACAAUUGGCAUAAAACCAAAUGUCACUGGUGAAGAUUUGAGACGAUAUUUAGUCCAGUCGAUAUUGGACCAAAGUCAUCUUACCCCGCUGACCACACAUAUUCAACCUGUAUUGCCAGACUUCGACCAUGCGCUCCGACUAUACCCUCUUCCGACCGCCGUGAUUCUGGCCGACAAGUACGAGAAGUACAAGUUGACAUAUUCGGGAUGUCACGUAUUCAAUCCCGGAGGUUUUGUUGGCAAUUCUUUCUCUUUUUCAACAUAUUGCCCUGCCGAGAGGAGUUCUGAAGAGGGUGUGCUCGACAUUGAGCAGGAAGACUAACUCGAAAUUGGUGGUCUGGGUAGCAAGAAUGUUCAUCUAUACUAAGAUCUUCCCAAUACCAGAGAAGUCGACACUUUUACAACAUCGAUGUUUAUCGCCACUUCCACAUAAAGGCUAACCCUGCGUGACGAUCGAACUUCGCGAUGA